CUCUUCCCGUCGGUCACUCUGUGUGACAUGAACCCACACCGGCCGCGCCCAGCCCGCCGCCAUCUGCAGGCACUGGACGACUUUGCCCAGGAAAACAUCUACUCCCUGUAUGGGGUCAGCGUCAGCAAGACCCAGGACCCCCUGGCGGCCGAAGACCUGGGCCCCGAGCCCCACUUCCAGCUGGACCGCGGGGUCCGCCUACAGAAGCUAAGCCCCCUGGGCGGCCAGAACAGAGUGGGCUUCAGACUGUGUAACAGCUCUGGCGGUGACUGCAUCCAUCGGGCCUACUCCUCAGGCGUGACAGCUGCCCGCGAGUGGUACCGCUUCCACUAUGUGAACAUCCUGGCCCUGCUGCCCCCUGCCCAUGAGGACCAUCACCGCAGCCUUGGCAGCCGCUUCAUCUUUUCCUGCCUUUACGACGGCCAGGACUGCCAGGCCCGGCACUUCCAGACAUCCCACCACCCCACCUACGGCAGCUGCUACACCUUCGAUGGCAUCUGGGCCACACAGUGCCCGGGCAUCACCCAUGGGAUCAGCCUGGUCCUCAGGACUGAGCAGCAGGACCACCUCCCUCUGCUGUCCACGGAGGCCGGCAUCAAGAUCAUGAUCCACAAGCGUGACCACACCCCCUUCCUGGAGCACCGAGGCUUCAGCGUCCGGCCAGGGACAGAGACCACCAUUGGCAUCCGAGAGGACGAGGUGCACUGGCUCGGGAGCCCCUACGGGCAAUGUACCGACAGCACCGAAGGCGUGGACGUGCCGCUGCUGUACAACGCCUCCUACACCAUGCAGGCCUGCCUGGUCUCCUGCUUCCAGCAGCUGAUGGUGCAGACCUGCUCCUGCGGCUACUACUUCUACCCGCUGCCUGCGGGGGCUGAGUACUGCAGCUACGUGCGGCACCCGGCCUGGGGUCACUGCUUCUACCGCCUCUACAGGGACCUGGGGACCCACCGGCUUCCCUGCGCCUCCCGCUGCCCCAGGCCUUGCAGGGAGUCUUCGUUCAGGCUUUCUGCAGGGACCUCCAGGUGGCCUUCCUCCAAGUCAGCCGAUUGGAUCCUGUCCGUGCUGGGCAAGCCAGGCCACAGGAGCCCAAGCCCCAGGAGCAACCUUGCCAAGGUGAAUAUUCUCUACCAGGAGCUCAACUACCGCACAGUGGACGAGACGCCCAUUUACUCGGUGCCGCGGCUGCUUUCAGCCAUGGGCAGCCUCUGGAGCCUGUGGUUCGGCUCCUCCGUCCUCUCAGUCCUGGAGGUGCUGGAGCUCCUGCUGGAUGCCACGGCCCUCACCUUCCUGCUGUGCUGCCGCCGGCUCCACGCGGCUCGGGGCCAGCCCAGGGCAGCCACGAGGGCGCCCACGCCAAGCCAGAGGCCAGCCAGUUGCCCUGUGGCUGGGGGCACAUCAGACGUCCAGGGGCCUGGCUGACCUCAUCUCCCACAACGUUGCCGGGGCUCUGGCAGUAGUGUCAGCUGAAGAGCUAGGCCAGGGGUGGGUCCCAGAGACACCUGACACUGGAGCCAGCCUGAGCCUGGUCUGAUCCUAGGGACUGUGGCGUCAGUGGGCUCUCCUGGCUGGCCAGUAUGGGCUGGUGCAGCCCCACAGGGCCCUCCCUGGCCAGUCAAGCCAAACCCAGGGCCCAGGAAGCAGCAACACUAGAGCAGGCAGGCACCCGGGCACCCAGUACAUGGGGCCCCUCACUGGCCCCACUAAUCUGCCCAGUGGUGGCCUCACGGAGGGCCGGGGCCAGGAGGGCAGUGUCCCCACCACUCUGGAAUUCCACAUCUCAGUUGUGAUGGAAUAUCUACCCACGUGCAUGAGUGUGUGCACAUGUGGGGGCGGGUAUACCUCCGCAUGGGAGUGUGUCUGUGUUUAGUGUCAGUGUCAUAUGUC